AUGCUUCAAGCCUACAAAGGCAAGAAGAAGGGUGCGCAGCAAGGCCACUCUUUGCUCAAGAAGAAAUCUGACGCCCUUACCGGCCGUUUCAGAGGUAUGCUCAAGGAGAUCGUGUCUACGAAGCAGGCUAUGGGCGAGGAGCUCAGAGACGCGGCAUUUGCUCUGGCAAAGGUAAACUACGCUACCGACUCUGGCAGUAACUGGCAACAGUCUGUUGUGCAGAACGUCAAACAGCCGGCCGUCACCAUCAACGUCAGCACAGACAACGUGGCUGGUGUCCGUCUACCCAAGUUCGAAAUGAAGGCUGACACGCAUUCUGACAUUGUCGGUAAUAUGGGUAUUGCAAGAGGCUAUCAGGUUCUGCAGUCUGCUCGAGAGCGUUUUGUGAAAGCUCUGGACUUAUUGGUGAAGUUGGCUUCUACGCAGACUGCCUUUUUCACUCUUGACGAAGAGAUUAAGAUGACCAACAGGCGUGUCAACGCCUUGGCGAAUGUGGUCGUGCCACAACUGGAUCAUAACAUAAAUUACAUCGUCAAGGAGUUGGAUGAAAUGGAGAGGGAAGAAUUCUUCAGACUGAAGAAGAUUCAACAGAAGAAGAAGGACCGCAUAGCUGCAGAGGAAGCCAAACGCAAUGCCGAGGGCAAUGCCACCGCUCCUCCGACCAUCUUUGAGGACAAAGAUGCCGAUAUAAUCUUCUAA